CUGCGGAUUGGUUUCUACCAUGAUAUAAUUAUCCAAGCAGCUUACUUUUUAGGAUCUUUAACAGAUUUAGCAAGACUUGGCUACUCGAGAGUGAAGACUGCUUUGAAGGAGAAGAUUGCAGAGUUUGGAAAUGUUUCAGUUCUUCGUAUUGGUGACAUUUUUUCAUGGGUCAUUUCUCAAUCAACCCUGAAGACAUUGCCAGAAACGUGGGGCUACUCUGGUGGUUCUAUGUUUAUACUAGCAAUGUUUAUGCUUUUGCUUGGAGGUGCAGUUGGCGCAGGAGUUGUUUUAUUUUUGUGGAAAAGACAGCGAAUUGAUUCUCUCGCUUAUCAAGUGUUUGAAUGA